AUGGUCAUAUGUAUAAAAAAAUUAGUUCUACCGUUAUCACGGUCGAUUGCAAAAAAUUUGUUAGUAGCUCGUCAAAUGAAUACAGCUAUAAAAACGGAGUCUGUAAAAUCGUUGUUUUACAAGGAAUAUGGAGAACCUGUGGAUGUUUUACAUUUUACAACACAAACUAUUAAUCAACCAGAAAGCAACCAAGUUUCUGUAAAAUGGUUAUUAGCACCUGUUAAUCCAGCAGACAUCAAUACCAUACAGGGUAAAUAUCCAAGUAAACCACCUUUACCAGCUAUUCCAGGAAAUGAAGGAGUAGGUGAAAUAAUAGCCAUUGGGUCUGACGUGAAGGGUUUAAAUGUUGGUGAUAAAGUUAUUCCAAAUGGUGUGAAUUUAGGGACCUGGAGAACUCAUGCAAAUUACAAGUCAGAAGAACUUUUGAAGGUUCCAAAAGAUGUUGGCACUGUAGAAGCUAGUAUGUUAAAUGUCAAUCCAUGUACUGCAUACAGAAUGCUUAAAGAUUUUGUGCCACUGGUACCUGGAGACACUGUGAUCCAGAAUGGUGGAAAUUCUGCAGUUGGGCAAAUUGUUAUACAGUUGUGUAAAGCAUGGAAUUAUAGAUCUGUUAAUGUUGUUAGAGAUAGGCCAGACAUAAAAGAGUUGAAGGAUUACUUAAUUAGUUUGGGUGCAGAUGAAGUACUUACUGAAGACGAAAUAAGAAAGACUCAAAUUUUUAAAAGCAAAAAGUUACCAUCACCAAAAUUAGCUCUUAACUGUAUAUGUGGGCAAAAUGCAGUGGAAGUGAUGCGCCAUUUACCACAUGGAGGAAUUAUGGUAACUUACGGUGGCAUGUCUAGAGAACCUUUAACAGUUGCUACUUCUGCACUUAUUUUCAAGGACAUUACUUUAAAAGGAUUUUGGAUGACAGCAUGGACAAAAGCAAAUAUGAAUUCGCAAGAACGGAUAAAUAUGUAUAAUGAAUUAGGAGCAUUAUUCAGAGAUAAAAAAUUAAAAGCUCCACCACAUAAAUUGGUUCCAUUUUGCCAGUAUCAAGAAGCUGUUACAAAUGUACUUAAUGUGAAUGGUAAAACUGGGGUAAAGUACAUUUUGGAUCUGACCAAACCUUAAAAUGAAUAAAAUUCUUCUUUCAAAGAAAGAAGAAUCUAAUAACUUCUUAACACAGCUAUUGCAUCUUUUCCAAAAAAUAAUGGCUUUGUAAUUUUUAUAAUACGUAUUUUAUAAUGCGAAAAAUUGAAUUCAAAAUCUAACUUAAAAUAAUUAAUUAAUAUCUUAAUUACAACUCACGAUCGAAAAUUCAACACAUAAUAAAUGUAACAUCAGACAUAGCAAAUUUACAUAAGUUGUUGCUAAAAUAAUUACAA